CAAAUAUGAAGCUUAUCAUCAUGAACAUGAAUUUUCCUCUAUCAUUUCAUCUUUUGCUUCUUGCUUUUUGUUUGAUCUCUUCAUUUGCUAGUGGAGCUACUUUAUUAGAAGAAGAAGUACAAGUUAUGAAAGACAUAGCUAAGACACUUGGGAAGAAGGAUUGGGACUUCAGCAUAGAUCCAUGCAGUGGACAAAGUAACUGGACAUCUAGUCCAAUGAAAGGGUUUGCAAAUGCUGUUACAUGCAAUUGCUAUUUUGCCAAUUCCACUGUCUGCCAUAUUGUUAGCAUUGUUCUCAAGUCACAAAAUCUUUCGGGCACACUUCCAAGGGAACUUGCUAGAUUGCCUUACCUCCAAGAAAUUGAUCUUACUCGCAACUACCUUAAUGGUACAAUCCCUCCACAAUGGGGUUCCAUGCAUCUUGUCAAUAUUUCACUAUUAGGAAAUCGUUUAACUGGUCCAAUUCCAAAAGAACUUGGAAAAAUCAUCACCCUGAAAAGCUUGGUUCUAGAGUUCAAUCAAUUAUCUGGACAGCUUCCUCCGGAGCUUGGAAAUCUUCAUCGACUUGAAAGACUGCUUCUUACCUCCAACAAUUUUACUGGAAAUUUACCAGCAACAUUUGCUAAGCUCGCUAAUCUGAAGCAGAUUCGACUUGGCGACAAUCAAUUCUCUGGAACUUUACCUGAUUUCAUUCAAAGCUGGGAAAGUCUUGAGAGGCUGGUUAUGCAAGGGAGUGGUUUGAGUGGACCAAUUCCUUCUGGAAUUUCAUAUCUAAAAAACCUCACCGACUUGAGAAUAAGUGACUUGAAAGGAUCAGAUUCUCAUUUUCCGCAACUUAAUAACUUGAAAAACUUGGAAACAUUAGUACUGAGGAGUUGCAAUCUUAUAGGAACAGUUCCAGAAUAUCUUGGAAAUAUUACCAAUUUAAAAUCAUUAGACCUCAGUUUUAACAAAUUAAGCGGACAGAUUCCGAACACUUUGGGCGGCCUCAAGAACAUAAAUAUACUAUACUUAACUAGAAACCUUUUUACUGGACCACUGCCAAAUUGGAUAGCUAGACCAGACUAUACAGAUCUUUCAUAUAACAACUUGAGCAUUGUAAAUCCAGAGCAGUUGACAUGUCAACAGGGAACCUUGAACUUGUUUGCAUCAUCUUCAAAGGGAAAUAACUCGGGAAAUAAGGUUGAAUGCUUGGGGAACAAUGGCUGUCCGAAAACUUGGUACUCUCUCCAUAUAAAUUGUGGUGGUAAAGUCAUAACUUCUAACGAAAGCUUGAUAUAUGACGAUGAUUCUAAUGAAGUUGGACCAGCAGCAAGCUUUCACCGUAGUGGAUCGAAUUGGGCACUUAGCAACACCGGCCACUUCUUUGAUAGUAGCCUUGUGGAGGAUUACUAUACCUGGUCUAAUAAAACGAACCUUUCCAUCGACAAUGGUGAGUUGUAUAUGGAUUCACGGGUUUCUCCUCUUUCCCUAACAUAUUAUGGAUUUUGCAUGGGAAAUGGAAACUACACAGUAAAUCUCCAUUUUGCGGAGAUAAUGUUCACCGAUGACCAAACAUAUAACAGUCUUGGGAGGCGCAUAUUUGACAUCUAUAUUCAGACAAGGUUGGUGCUGAAGGAUUUCAAUAUUGCAAAAGAAGCCGGUGGAGUUGGUAAGGCAGUCGUAAAGAAAUUCACUGCUAUUGUGACUAGUAAUACGUUGGAGAUUCGCCUUCAUUGGGCUGGGAAAGGGACAACUGCUAUCCCAUUUGGAUCGGUAUAUGGUCCUCUUAUAUCGGCUAUAUCGGUUGAUCCUGACUUUACACCCCCGGUGGAAAAGGGAAGUAGCAUGCCUGUUUGGAAAAUUGCUGUGAUUGUUCUUGCUGGAGGACUAGUUAUCUUACUGAUAUUUGGUAUAUCUCGGUGGAUAAGAUGUCUCAGACAUAUAGGUCCGUUAGAAAGAGAGCUAAAGGGUUUAGAUUUCCAACCUGGGCUAUUUACGUUACGGCAAAUCAAAGCAGCGACUAACAACUUUGAUAUUGCCUAUAAGAUUGGAGAAGGAGGAUUUGGUCCUGUGUACAAGGGAAGUUUACCAAAUGGGACAUUGAUAGCAGUGAAGCAACUUUCUUCAAAAUCAAAGCAAGGGAAUCGUGAGUUUUUAAACGAGAUAGGCAUGAUUUCAGCUUUGCAACACCCUUAUCUUGUUAAACUCCACGGUUGUUGUGUGGAGGGAGAUCAAUUGUUGCUGAUAUAUGAAUACUUGGAAAACAAUAGUCUUGCUCGUGCUUUAUUUGGUCCAGAGGAACACCAAAUAAGAUUAGAUUGGUCACCAAGAAAGAAAAUAUGUGUUGGUAUUGCUAGAGGUUUAGCAUACCUUCAUGAAGAAUCAAGACUGAAGGUUGUUCACAGGGACAUCAAGGCUACUAAUGUGUUGCUUGAUAAAGAUCUCGAUCCAAAGAUAUCUGAUUUUGGUUUGGCCAGGCUUGAUGAGGAGGAUAAUACUCACAUUAGCACUAGAAUUGCUGGGACAUAUGGAUAUAUGGCUCCUGAAUAUGCAAUGCAUGGUUAUUUGACAGACAAAGCUGAUGUUUAUAGUUUUGGAAUUGUUGCCUUGGAAAUCGUUAGUGGAAGGAGCAACACCAUGUAUCAAUCAAAGGAGGAAGCAUUCCUUCUUCUAGAAUGGGCACAUUUGUUGAAAGAGAAAGGUGACCUGAUGGAGUUAGUUGAUAGAAGAUUAGGUUCAGAUUUCAACAAAAAGGAAGCUAUGGUGAUGAUCAACGUGGCUCUCCUAUGUACCAACGUCACUUCAAACCUUAGGCCCCCCAUGUCGUCGGUUGUAAGUAUGCUUGAAGGAAAUACCGUGGUUCCAGAAUUUGUUUCAGAUUCAAGUGAAGUAAUGGAUGAGAAAAAGUUGGAAGCAAUGAGAAAGUAUUAUUAUCAGAUUGAAGAAAAUAAGAUAAGUAAAACACAAACACAAAGUCAGAAUUUAUUAACUGAUGGGCAAUGGACUGCUUCAUCUUCAUCAGCUAGAGAUCUUUAUCCUGUCCACCUUGAUUCUUCCUAUUGGGAGAAAAGAAAUUAAGAUUGUUUGUUGAUAAAUAACUGCAUCUGCUGCUUGAAGUCCUGCUAUUAUCAUGUAAAGAAACCAUGAUAUCUUAAAAUAUAGUGUUCUUUUUAAAAGCAAAAAAUUGUUAAAUAGAUACAGUCUAUUAUAGUGAGGUAACUCAUUUAAGUUAUAGUUUUAUGUUUGAAUAAAAAAACAAUACUCCAAUGUUUUGACGAGCUACCUUUCAUUUGUAGAAUGAAGACUACACAUAGGAUUUUGAUAGUUUAACAACAUCAUCUAUGUUGGACAAAAGGUUGAAUAUACCAUAUAAUCAUUAGCUUAAUAA